CCACUCAGCACGCCUUGCAUGGCAUCAAAUUGAGGUCUCUCGCCACUCGCUCCCACCAUUGCUGAUUUGACACGCGCGUCUCUCCCAUGUCGCGACGACCGAUGCGCAGACGACCACGCGUCGCCGCCGCCUCUUUGCUGCUGACGUGCUGUACCCCACCAUGCGUGGCGCUGCACCUGCCGACGCGGCGCGGCGUCGCGGCGACGCGGCGGCCGGCGCGGACAUCUGCGCGCGCCGCCGCCGCCGCCGUGCUCGACGAGAAGCUCCCGGUCGCGGUCGGCGCCGAGCCACCGGUCGUGGUCGACGCCGUCGACGCGCUCGAUAUUGUCAUCGUCGACGACACAAAGCCACAACUCGACGCCGUCGCGAAGCGACGGCGACGACCGGAGGCCCAGGGCCCGGUGCCCACGCUGGUCCUGCCGGGCGACACGCUGGAUGACAGGCCGCACAUGGCGCUAGCCGUCGCGGCGUCGUUUCUAGCAUCAUUAUGGGGCGUGGUCCACAACGCCCAAUACGUCACGAAAAUGACUUCCAUAAUUGCCGUCGCGGCGGGUUUUGUGGGAGCCGAGCUCUUUAGCGGCGUCUUCCACUGGGCGACGGACAAUUACGGGAGCCUCGAGACGCCCGUCUUCGGCCCGGCCUGCGCGGCCUUCCAGGGCCACCACGGCGCGCCGUGGACGAUCACGCACCGAAGUACUUUCAACAACGUGCACAAGAUCGCGCGCAUGGCCGGUCCCCUCGCUCUCGUGGCCGGUGCGCUCAUGAAACCCUUCGCGGCCAUCGCUACUUCCGUAUUAUUGUGGGGCCAGGUCUGCGCCCAGGAGGCCCACCGCUGGUCCCACGUGCCGCCGUCGUCACAGCCGUCGUUUAUAAGGAGGCUCCAGGCCUGCGGGUUAUUGUUGUCUUCUGAAGAACACGGGCGGCAUCAUCGAAGCCCGUACGCGGAGCACUACUGCAUCUUGUUCGGCGGCUUGAACCCGUUGCUGGACCGGUCGGGCAUCUUCCGGUGGAUGGAGAAAUUGGUGUAUCGAUGGAACGGCGUCGAGCCGAACAGCUGGAAGGAUCCAAUCGGCGGGCCAGCGGUAAAAGCGCGGGCGCUAGGGUUGUAACAUGUAUCAC